UUAACGGUAGUCUGUACAUGAUUGUACGAGUAUAUCUGUGAAUGACUUAGCCAUUCUCAUUGCUACUGAAGUUGGGCCGCAGACCUUACAAGACCUUAUUCUACAUUUAAGCCAAUAAAUCGUGAGUAGAACGCUGAACCACCGGAAUCCAAAAAUCAAAGGUAAUUUUUAGGUGAUGUUGUGCUGCUUUAUAUGGAACUGAACAAGCCUUGCGCCUGCAGUCUUGAAUGCUGCUCCGUAUGGGAUUUAAACUGCCGCUUUGUGUCUUGACCAUAGCUUUUGUGUUGCCUCCACUGUGAGGACUGUUUGUAAUGUAACCGUCGUUGUAGAGAAUGCGGUACUUCCUGCUGCUCAUCCUACUAAUAAAAUUAAUUUGCGGCUGGCGCACACGACCCGGUGAUCCCCAGACGGCACCAUAUUUCCCGCACCCUCUCUGCCACUAUUCCGGUCCUUAUAAACUAACGUGCAGCCAUGCCGAUUUAUAUAUCCCAGGGAAUUUCCGUAUAGAAACCUUGUACUCCAACACCAGCCGAAUCUAUAACGACGUCAAUACACUCAUCCUCGACUGCCCCACCAGUACCAAUCGCACCUACUGCAACACCAUUGGUCCCGGUGCCACCGCCCUUUCGCACCGCUUCGGGUUGUGGCAUGUGACGCUGAUUGGCUUCCAGGCAGAAGGAGGCGGUCGAGCGCCUAUUGACGUCCUGCUGGCAGAAGUACCCAGCCUUCACGAUCUGCGGGUACAUUAUUCCAAAAUCGGCACACUGGAUCGUCAUUUCCUGCGCCGUUUUACUCGCCUUGGGGAACUGGACGUUCGCAACAACGACAUCAGUGCCAUUGAAACUGACACUUUCGAGCCCCUUGUGGACCUGGAAAUCCUAAGGAUGGGCGGCAAUGCUUUGCAGACGUUGGACUGGAGUGUUUUGAAAACGGUGGCCAAAACAUUGAGAUUACUGGAAGCCGAUGCGCAGAAUCCACCCUUGCACACGCUGCGACGGAGCGGGUCGUUAUUUCUCAUGAACAUCACAAAAUUAUCUUUGAACCACAGCCGCUUGUCAUCCGUUCCAAAGGAGGUCGUCGACACAUUUGAUGUCCGGCAGUAUGGCGAUGUGACCCUUGAUAUCCAGCACAAUCCAGUGUGUCGGGAUAAAGCGGACUGUACGUGUUGUGACAUGAAGGACUUGGCCGGUUGGUUUGUAAAGCGGAGCGAAUGGGCCACACGCUUUGGCAAUCUGUUCGGAACGAAACCGUGGUCAGUGACGGUUAAGGCCACCUGCGGGUCGACAUGGAACACAGGCAGCAGAGAUGCAGUAAAGGAGUUUACGCCGGAGAAUCCCUUGUUGCCCAGCAUGUAUGCCAACUGCCAUUAGAGUUUCUGUUAUGUUAAAUUUUUACCGAUUCAUAACAUACACAGACAGAUUUUCCCCGGUUUCAUGUUAGACGGCGCCGUUGUCUAAGCUGUUGACAGAGUGUAUGACACGUAAUGCUACCGGUGAUAGUACAUAUCCCGACGCUAAGUUCGCUCCUGCCUGGUUUUGACAUUCGUAGCUGUAUGCGUGACCGCCCAAGUGAUCGCGGGACAUUCCGUCGCGGGGUAUAUGUGCCACCUACGCAAUUCGUUUCCAGACAAUUCGUUGCGCAGCCGUUUCAUUACGGGAUACUUGGUUGUGCGACUUUUGGGAGCUCAAAAAUUAAGUAAUGGUUUAUGGCAACGAGCAGUUAUAUGACCAAUAGUCGGCAGGCAAAUUGUCAGUAAAACUAAAUAUCCCGCUGCUAACUGUCUAACGACGCACCAAUUUUAUGUUUCAAGAUGCAAAACACUAUAAUUUAACUUGAGCAGUUAGCACAGAUGCACAAGGCUAUGAGAAGUUGAGAACUACUCUAGUGGCGGUAGGGUAGUUUUCCUUAACUGAGUU